AUGACCGUCAAAAGAGUUUGCUCCCUCUCCCUCUGCCUAUACCAAUAACUUACUGCUAACUCAACCGCCAUAAAAAAAUUUAAAAAAAGGUCCAUUUCCUCGCGCACGGCAAAGUCCAGGGCGUCUUCUACCGCAAGUACGCCAUCGAGCGCGCCACGGCCCGCGGACUCACGGGCUGGGUGCAGAACCUGCCGAAUGGGAAGGUGGAGGGCGAGGCGCAGGGAAUCGAGGGUGAGGUGGAGGCCUUCUUGAAGGAUCUGGAUAAGGGGCCGGCGGCGGCUCAUGUUGUCAGGUUGGAUAGGACGGAGAGGGAGGUGGUGGAGUCUGAAGGGCAGGGAGCCGGGUUCGAGAAGAGGAGGUACAAUGGCGGUGGUGGGAUUUGA